GAGAAGUCGGAUUAUCAGAGGCUGGCCAGCGGGGAAGACGAAGAGGCCGAAGCGCCGCUGGGAGCCCCGUCCCGUGGUUUCUCCGACGCUCUGCCUCAGGAGCCCAGGCCGAGUAACCUGGCAAUGCCAGCCCAGCAAAAGCUGACUGGUGGCAUGCAAGCCGACGAAGGCACAGAUUGGCUGCUGGAACUGCUGACCGAGGUCCAGCUGCAACAGUAUUUCGUGAGGAUCCGCGAUGACCUCAACGUUACGCGGCUCUCGCACUUCGAGUACGUCAAAAAUGAAGAUCUGGAGAAAAUCGGCAUGGGCCGUCCUGGUCAGCGGCGCCUCUGGGAGGCUGUGAAGAGGAAGAAGGCGAUAUGCAAAAGGAAAUCCUGGAUGAGCAAAGUGUUCAGCGGGAAGAGGCCCGACGCGGAGUUCCAGCCGCAGCCGGCCGGGCGUCCCGUGCAAGAGAUCCCCUCCCCCCCCGCGGAGGAAGGCCAGCAGCAGCUAGCCCUGACCUGCCUGAUCAGCGAAAAGGACCUGGUGCUCUUUGAGAAGCUGGGCGAUGGCUCCUUCGGGGUGGUGCGGCGUGGGGAGUGGGGGGCGCCCACUGGCAAGACGCUCAGCGUGGCCGUGAAGUGUCUCAAGACCGACGUGCUGAGCCAGCCGGAAGCCCUGGACGACUUCAUCCGAGAGGUCAACGCCAUGCAUUCCCUGGAUCACCGGAACCUCAUCCGCCUGUAUGGGGUGGUGCUUUCCAACCCCAUGAAGAUGGUGACAGAGCUGGCCCCGCUGGGCUCCCUGCUAGACCGGAUGCGCAAGAACCAGGGCCACUUCCUGAUCUCCACGCUCUGCCACUAUGCCAUCCAGAUCUCCCGGGGCAUGGCCUACUUGGAGUCCAAGCGCUUCAUCCACCGCGACCUGGCCGCCCGCAACAUCCUCUUGGCCUCCAACGACCUGGUCAAGAUCGGGGACUUCGGGCUCAUGAGGGCCUUGCCCAAGAACGACGACCACUACGUCAUGCAGGAGCACCGCAAGGUGCCUUUCGCCUGGUGUGCUCCUGAGAGUCUAAAAACCCGCACCUUCUCACACGCCAGCGACACCUGGAUGUUUGGAGUGACACUUUGGGAGAUGUUCACGUACGGACAGGAGCCCUGGGUUGGCCUGAAUGGCAGUCAGAUUUUGCACAAGAUCGACAAGGAAGGGGAGCGGCUGACACGGCCAGAGGACUGCCCCCAGGACAUCUACAACGUCAUGUUGCAGUGCUGGGCACACAAACCGGAAGACCGGCCGACCUUCGUAGCCUUGCGUGACUUCCUCUUGGAGGCUCAGCCCACGGACAUGCGAGCCCUGCAGGACUUCGAAGAGCCGGAUAAGCUCCUCAUCCAGAUGAGCGACAUCAUCACCGUCAUCGAGGGCAGGGCCGAGAACUAUUGGUGGCGGGGCCAGAAUAAGCGGACCUUGAAGGUGGGCCAGUUCCCACGCAACACGGUGACUUCGGUGGCGGGACUGUCGGCUCAUGACAUCAGCCAACCCCUGAAAAACAGUUUCAUCCACACGGGUCAUGGGGACACCAACCCGCAGCAGUGCUGGGGCUUCCCCGAUAAGAUUGAUGAGCUGUACCUGGGAAAUCCCAUGGACCCUCCAGACAUCCUAGGUGUGGACUUGAACGCAGCCAGGCCCACCCAGCUCCCGGGAAGGUCAAAAAGGGAGCCGCCGCCCCGGCCGCCUCAGCCCUCGAUCCUCCUCAAGAAGCCCUCGUACGACCCCGUCAGCGAGGAGGACGACCCCCUUUCUUCCGGCCUCAAGCGCCUUUGCCUGAAGAAGUCGGGCCCGCCGCGAGGCCUGCGUCUCGCCAAACCCUCCGCCCGCGUCUCAGGCACCAAAGUGGCUGAGAGGCUGCUGCUGCCGCGGCACAAGGGGAGCAGCGUGACGGGCAGCGAGGUGACGCUGAUCGACUUCGGAGAGGAGCCCGUCCCCACCACCCCCUCGCCCGUCGGGGAACGCUGCGCCCCGUCGCUGGCCAAGCUGGCCAUGGAGGCGUUCUCUUUGUUGGACAAGACCCCCCCACAAAGCCCUACACGGGCCCUGCCUCGGCCCCUGCACCCGACCCCCAUCGUGGACUGGGACGCCCGGCCCCUCCCGCCGCCCCCCGCCUACGACGACGUGGCCCAGGACGAGGACGACUUCGAAGUCUGCUCCAUCAACAGCACCGAAGGGCUGGUGAGACGGCCGAACAGCCACCCGGCCUGGGAAAAGACGGGGGAGACCAACUCUGGUUUUCUGUCCGAGGGCGACCGUCCCGCCCUCCCCCUCGAGGACAACCUCUUCCUGCCGUCCAAGGAGGUCAAACAACCCAGCCCCGCCCAAACCACCGAGCUCUUCCAAGAGCUGCAGCAGGAGUGCAUGAAACGCCUCAACGUGCCCUCGGGGGCCGCCUCGGCGGCCUCGACCCCCAGCCCGGGGGAGGAGAAGCCCCAGAUCCCCCCUCGCGUGCCCAUUUUGCCCCGGCCUCUCCGCCGCAACGAGCACGGUCGCUGGUCUGGGGAAUUGUCCCCGGCUUCUGGGGGAGAGGAGAACCGGCCGCCCCAGAUUCCUCCGCGGGACCCGUUGUCCCAGCCCAACUCCAGGACGCCCAGCCCCGUGCCUCUCCCAGGCGGGUCCCCCCAACCGAGAGCCGGUCUGUGCUCUCCGCACUCCCUGGGCUCCUAUCUGUCCACGUCUCCGGGAAAGCCGCCCAUGCCCACGACUCAAAGCUUUGCGCUGGACCCAAAGUACGCCACCCCCAAAAUCAUUCAGGCUCAAGGCAAAGAGAGCGCCAAGGGACCUUGCAUCCUGCCCAUCGUGAAGGAUGGCCGGAAGGUCAGCAACACCCACUAUUACUUGCUGCCGGAGCACCCACCUUACCUGGACAAGUACGAGAAGUUCCUGAAGGAGGCCAAGGCCCCCGAGGAAAACCCAGCGCCGGGCCGGGCGGUCACCACGGCUACCGUGCGGCCAAUGGUCCAGCAACAGCCCGACUACAAAGCCAACUUCUCUUCCAACAACAGCAACGUCGUGGUGAAGGCUUCCUGCGGCCUCCAGAAGAUCAUCUACGAUGGUUCCGGUCCAGACAGCUUGAGGCCCCCGGAGAAGAUACGGCUGGUCCAGGAGACGGUGCAUGGCGUAACCACGGAGGAGUGCCAGGCCGCGCUUCAGAACCACAGCUGGAACGUUCAGAAGGCUAUCCAGUACUUGAAGGUCGAGCAGCUCUUCUGCCUGGGCCUGAAGACGCGAACAGAGUGCCACAAAGUCCUGGAGAUGUUCAACUGGAACUUGGAGCAGGCCAGUUCCCACUUGCUGGACCCCUACAGCGCCUUCCGCUUCAAGCGGUGACCCUUGGCUGGACCCUGAAGCCCAAACGUUUGACCCACGGUGGGUGCCCACGGGCAGCGAUCCUGAGGGCCCUCUUUCUGGCACACGGACCAAGAGGCAGCUCUGAGGCUCAGAGGAUGACGGAGCAAAGACGGACGAGACCACAGCCGGGGCUAUUGGCCCCGUUCCUUAUGUCCCCUGCCCCGCCGCCCCGCCGAAGUUAGACUGUACACACUCCUUCCUCCUGCAGACGCAGGCGGCUCAGAGUUCGCUUGUAUUUUGAUUCCCCCCCCCCCCGCGCGCCGCUUCCAACCGUCGUCGCUGUUGCUUGCCAUUGAGUUUAUUUUGUAAAGAGAAGUGUUACGUUAAUAUAUAAAUAUUCUAUUCUAUUUUGAA